AUGUCUUCCGACGAGGAAAUGCCAAAUCAAGAAGAGUCCCAAAAUGAAGAUUUGCAGUUAGCCUUUGUUACGAUGUUAGAAGACUACAAAAUCAUUCUGGAUAAAAAAAUGACACCUCCCGUUAAGUCUGCCAAAGACAAAGCACUUAAAGAAUUCACAGAGACGUAUAACAGAAAUACAAAACAAAAUUUAGAUGCAAAACAGAAAUUACUACUUCAACAAAUCAACACUGCCGCAGCUCAAGAAAAAGCUGCUAUAGCUCAAGAAAAGGCCGCUCUAGCUGUCGAAAGGGCCGCAGGAGCUGUAGAGCAAUUCGUAGAAGAUUACUUUGCACGACAACAGGCGAGCUUUUGA